UGACAUGUGACCAGGUGAAACUAAUUAUAUAAGUAGCAUGUUUAGGGUGGUGGUGGCUAUAGUAUUUGGGCAAAGUGUAGAUUUUAUGUUAGUAGUGGGGCCUCCUUUUGGUAAUCUUCUUUUGAGAUAUGUCAUGGGCAAUGAAGGGGCUCCAUCUAAUUUUCAUUGCUUUGGUUCUUUGGAGAGAUACAAGUGGAUUCGGAGUGUGGAAUACAACCUCUGUUGUUGAUUGGCAAGCUGGACGUUCUAAUGCAACAUGGAACCAAAAUUUUCACUUCGCUACGCCUGUUCAAGCUUUGGAGCUACUGUCCAGAAAAAGUGCAAAUGGAAAUGUUGACGGAGGAAAUUCUAGUAGUUUCAGUUAUACUUCAGAAGUCCAAACUGCUCAACAGGAUUCUAGUUUUGUUCAGUCUUCUGGUGGUGCUGCUCAAGGUAAACCUGUACUAAAUGCUCAAGGUCAAGCAACUCCCAUGGUUCAACCGCAGGACAACUUGAUGAUGACUCAGUCCUCAAGGCUCUAUUGGUUUGAAUCUCUCAAGCCUGAAAACUGUGGCACUUUGCUCUCUCAAUCUUGGCCUCAAAAAGGUCAGAAUAACGGUGGAUUCCAAAGACCUUCCAGGUUCCAGUUUGGAGGCACUGCAAACCAGACAUCUGGAUCCCAGACCCAGUCGUCAUACCAGCCUAGCACCACAACACAGGUUCAGACAGGCGAGUCUAUUGCCCAGCCUGAGUCUUUCGGAGCUUCAGCUUCAUAUCCAAGUCAAACCUCUGGCAUGUACUCUGUUGUACAGGGUCCUCUGAUUGCAUCCUCUUCCCAAAUGCCUGGGUUCCACAUCCAGUCAUCAUACCAGCCUGGCACCACAACACAGGUUCAGACAGGCCAGUCUGCGUCUACAUCUCAGGCUCAGUCCUCUGGUGCGUCAACGUUGUAUCAAGGGAUUAGCUCUGGCAGGUAUCUGACUUCACUGGGUCAUAUAAUUCCAUCCUCCUCCCAGUCUGUGGUCACUACAAACCAGACAUCUGGAUCCCAGACCCAGUCAUCAUACCAGCCUGGCACCACAACACUGCUUCAGACAGGCCAGUCUGCUUCUACAUCUCAGGCUCUUGGCAGCCAUGGAGCUACACCUUCAGGACAUGCUAAAUGGUACACCAUUGUACAAGGUCAGACAAUUCCAUCUUCUCAAGCGUCUGGAUCCCAGACCCAGUCAUCAUACCAGCCUAGCACUACAACGCUCCUUCAGACAGGCCAGCCUGUUCUUCCUCAGAGUCAGCCUUCGGGAGCUUCUGCUUCAUAUCCAAGUCAAACCUCUGGCGUGUACAAUAUUGCACAGCGUCCAUUGACUGCAACCCUUUCCGAAAUACCUGGGUUCCACAUCCAGUCAUCAUACCAGCCUGGCACUACAACACUGCUUCAGACAGGCCAGUCUGCGUCUACAUCUCAGGCUCAGUCCUCUGGUGCAUCAACAUUGUAUCAAGGAAUUAGGAGGAAUGUGACUUCUCUGGGUCAUGGCUUUCCAUACUCAACCCAGUCUGUGGUGACUGCAAACCAGACAUCUGGAUCCCAGACCCAGUCAUCAUACCAGCCUGGCACUACAACACUGCUUCAGACAGGCCAGUCUGCUCCUACAUCUCAGGCUCAGUCCUCUGGUGCGUCAACGUUGUAUCAAGGGAUUAGCUCUGGCAGGUAUCUGACUUCACUGGGUCAUAUAAUUCCAUCCUCCUCCCAGUCUGUGGUCACUACAAACCAGACAUCUGGAUCCCAGACCCAGUCAUCAUACCAGCCUGGCACCACAACACUGCUUCAGACAGGCCAGUCUGCUCCUACAUCUCAGGCUCAGUCCUCUGGUGCAUCAACAUUGUAUCAAGGAAUUAGGAGGAAUGUGACUUCUCUGGUUCAUGGCUUUCCAUACUCAACCCAGUCUGUGGUGACCGCAAACCAGACAUCUGGAUCCCAGACCCAGUCAUCAUACCAGCCUAGCACUACAACACUCCUUCAGACAGGCAGGCCUGUUCUUCCUCAGAGUCAGCCUUCGGGAGCUUCUGCUUCAUAUCCAAGUCAAACCUCUGGCGUGUACAAUAUUGCACAGCGUCCAUUGACAGCAACCCUUUCCGAAAUACCUGGGUUCCACAUCCAGUCAUCAUACCAGCCGGGCACUACAACACUGCUUCAGACAGGCCAGUCUGCGUCUACAUCUCAGGCUCAGUCCUCUGGUGCAUCAACAUUGUAUCAAGGAAUUAGGAGGAAUGUGACUUCUCUGGGUCAUGGCUUUCCAUACUCAACCCAGUCUGUGGUGACUGCAAACCAGACAUCUGGAUCCCAGACCCAGUCAUCAUACCAGCCUGGCACCACAACACUGCUUCAGACAGGCCAGUCUGCUUCUACAUCCCAGGCUCUUGGCAGCCAUGGAGCUGCACCUUCAGGACAUGCUAAAUGGUACACCAUUGUACAAGGUCAGACAAUUCCAUCUUCUCAAGCGUCUGGAUCCCAGACCCAGUCAUCAUACCAGCCUAGCACUACAACACUGCUUCAGACAGGCCAGCCUGUUCUUCCUCAGAGUCAGCCUUCGGGAGCUUCUGCUCCAUAUCCAAGUCAAACCUCUGGCGUGUACAAUAUUGCACAGCGUCCAUUGACUGCAACCCUUUCCGAAAUACCUGGGUUCCACAUCCAGUCAUCAUACCAGCCUGGCACUACAACACUGCUUCAGACAGGCCAGUCUGCGUCUACAUCUCAGGCUCAGUCCUCUGGUGCAUCAACAUUGUAUCAAGGAAUUAGGAGGAAUGUGACUUCUCUGGGUCAUGGCUUUCCAUACUCAACCCAGUCUGUGGUGACUGCAAACCAGACAUCUGGAUCCCAGACCCAGUCAUCAUACCAGCCUGGCACUACAACACUGCUUCAGACAGGCCAGUCUGCUCCUACAUCUCAGGCUCAGUCCUCUGGUGCAUCAACAUUGUAUCAAGGAAUUAGGAGGAAUGUGACUUCUCUGGGUCAUGGCUUUCCAUACUCAACCCAGUCUGUGGUGACUGCAAACCAGACAUCUGGAUCCCAGACCCAGUCAUCAUACCAGCCUGGCACCACAACACUGCUUCAGACAGGCCAGUCUGCUUCUACAUCUCAGGCUCUUGGCAGCCAUGGAGCUGCACCUUCAGGACAUGCUAAAUGGUACACCAUUGUACAAGGUCAGACAAUUCCAUCUUCUCAAGCGUCUGGAUCCCAGACCCAGUCAUCAUACCAGCCUAGCACUACAACACUGCUUCAGACAGGCCAGCCUGUUCUUCCUCAGAGUCAGCCUUCGGGAGCUUCUGCUCCAUAUCCAAGUCAAACCUCUGGCGUGUACAAUAUUGCACAGCGUCCAUUGACUGCAACCCUUUCCGAAAUACCUGGGUUCCACAUCCAGUCAUCAUACCAGCCUGGCACUACAACACUGCUUCAGACAGGCCAGUCUGCGUCUACAUCUCAGGCUCAGUCCUCUGGCGCAUCAACAUUGUAUCAAGGAAUUAGGAGGAAUGUGACUUCUCUGGGUCAUGGCUUUCCAUACUCAACCCAGUCUGUGGUGACUGCAAACCAGACAUCUGGAUCCCAGACCCAGUCAUCAUACCAGCCUGGCACCACAACACUGCUUCAGACAGGCCUGUCUGCUUCUACAUCUCAGGCUCAGUCCUCUGGUGCCUCAACAUUCUAUCAAGGGAUUAGCUCUGGCAGGUAUCUGACUUCACUGGGUCAGAGCAUUCCAUCCUCCUCCCACUCUGUGGUCACUACAAACAAAAUCUCUGGAUUGCAGGACCAGUCAUUUCAGCCUGACACCACAACAAAUGCUUUGGUGGGUCAGUCUGCUUCUACAUCUUUGGCUCACGGCAACUUUCAGGCUCCAAAUUGGCAUACGAUAACUCCUCCUAGAUUCCAUAAUUUGCUACGGAACGUGUCGGUUUCUCAAUCUCUGAGCUCUGAUCCCCAAACAAGAACAAUCAACAAUAUUUUGCCGUUUCUGAACCAAAGUGCUGGGACUUCUGCCAUGUCUCAGAAUAAUGUACAGACCCCAGCAUUUCACACAUCUACACACUUCUCACCUGUCCCACAAACUGUUGCCACUCCCCCAGUCUCUCUACCCAAGCCUUGCCGACAAACACAAUGCUCAAUGGUGGAGAGUGCAAUUGCCUCUAUAGCAUCCAGCCAAACCUCUCCUCGUGUUGCCACAUCAUCUCAAGGCACAGGCUCUUUUGCUGCUGUACCCAUUCCAGGUACCUCACAGAAUUUUGCAGGCAUUGAUUUCCAGGGUACAUUGCCAGUACAUGACCAGUACAGCUCGGUGUGUAACUUUCCAUUUGGUUUCUGCAAUUCUCCUCAAGGAGCUGCAAACAACAAAUUUGUUCGAAGCCAGAGUGUACAGACACACAACCUGUGAACCAAGAAUUCAUGGGACACUUUCUGGAAUCAGUGCCUCAUCAGCAUUCUGUGUUCCACAAAGCUUUUCCAAUACACCUGAAAUUGUGAGCUCAGCCACUUACAGCUCCCCCCCCCCCCCCCCCCCCCCCCCCCAUUUCACAACACCAGGCCCUCCUGACAAUCUCAACUGUAAGAUUAACUACUGAGUGCUUUGAUCGCUGACUGAAUAUAUGCUCAUUUGUGGUGCUUUUUAUUGUUUGCCUGAAUUUUUGUUGCAAUAAAAGGAGAAUGCACA